UUGGCCGCUGUGUCAUAAUACUCUUACCCUUACCCAGAUGCAAAGCUGCCUAUAAAUGUUUGGGCAGAGCAUAUAGCUUUCCACAUGUUUGAGCUCCCAUUUAACUGUUAGCCAAAAAUGGAAGGUUGUUCCUCCCAAGCUCCUAUCUCUAAAAGGUUAGAAGGCAAAGUAGCCAUCAUCACGGGCGGCGCAAGCGGUAUUGGCGAGACUACCGCUAGGCUCUUUGCUCGACACGGUGCCAAGAUUAUCAUCGCUGACGUCCAAGACGACCUUGGAUGGGCAGUUUGCAAGGACAUUGGCACGGAUGAAAAUGUUACCUACGUUCAUUGCGACGUGACUGUUGACCAUGAUGUUAAAAAUGCGGUUGACACAGCCAUGUCAAAGUAUGGAAAGGUCGACAUAAUGUACAAUAACGCCGGUAUUCCUGGAAAAUUGGACUUCACAAUCCAAGGCUUGGAUUACGAAGACUUGAAAAAGGUUUUCGAUGUGAACGUUUACGGCGCUUUCUUGGGGGCCAAACACGCCGCUAGUGUUAUGAUUCCGGCAAAGAAAGGUGUGAUUCUCUUUACGGCAAGCCUUGGCACAGUGCUUGCGGGCACAUCGCCACACUCGUACGCAGCGUCAAAGUACGCGGUUGUUGGGCUCAUGAAGAACUUGUGUGUGGAGUUAGGGCAGCAUGGGAUAAGGGUGAACUGUAUUUCCCCCGGUGCACUUCCCACUCCAUUACUAAGUAAAGCAUUUGGAAUGGAGAAAAACACUUUUGAAGGGCUGCUUUGUGAGGCGGCGAAUCUAAAAGGGGUAGUGCCGACGGCAGAGGACGUGGCGGAGGCGGCCGUGUUUCUGGGGAGCGACGAGUCGAAGUACUUGAGCGGGAUUAACCUUGUGGUCGAUGGAGGUUACAGCACCACCAAUCAGCAUUUCUCCUUGCUACUCCAUAGCCAAAUGUCUUGAAUUUUGUAGUACUGCAAUAAUUCCUUACCAAUUUGUUUGUAUGUUUGUUUUUGGGAAUGUUGAUGUUGUCUGGGUUACGAAUCCCCUACAUGAUUUAAAGCGUGAUUUCCUUUA